AUGCAACUCUCUUCGGUCUUCACGGUCGCCCUCUCGGCCCUCAACUUUGCCUCCGCUCUACCUCUUCAUCGCCUCAACACCAGUCCGGCCUUGACCUGGCAGGUCGCCGACUUCAACACUGGCUGCUCGCCAGGCGGCUGCGUGUAUAACUUCAAUAUCACCGGCGUCGCAAGCCAGAACACUCCAGGGUUCCACACUCAUUGCUCGGGUACCAAUGUCCAAGAUGAUUUUGCCUUCUGUGAUGACAAGCACGUGAAGGCGAAGGUGGUGUCUCAACUAUACCCCGUGUGGACGAUCCAUGUACAACACGCUUGGUUCCAAGGCGAGGCCGAGUUCUAUGCCGUUGGCCAUGCCAACGUCACAUCCACUCAGAAGAACUUCACUAUCCCUGUGACUGAGGUCUAUGGAGUCGCAUGA